AUGGAAGCAAUUGCACUCGUACCAACAAUAGAGGCACUUUUAGUACAUAAUUCUAAGGAGAAGAAGAAACAGGCAAUAGACCUAAUAAUCAAGAACGUGGGGCUGAUUGGGUUCCUGCUAAAAGACAUUCUAGUGCAUAUUCGCCCAGAGGAUCAUGCGGAAGAAAAAGAGCUAUUUCACCUAAUUUCGGCCAUGAUUUGCUUCUACACGCAGAAUUACGACGAGUGUGUGAGGCACACUAUUCUCUCAAAGAACGAGUGGUUCAAGGCGUCGGAGAGUCACUGCGAAACGUUGGACUUGUACUUUCAGGGCUCGCGAAACCGGGUGAUACGAACCUACAUAGAGACGCACAGCAGGGACGACGCAGACAUGAAAGCCUUUAUAGAAGCUCUUCUCUCCGCCAAGGGAGAGGGCUCGAACGACUUUUCUCUGCUAGGCCUGUACAUUGUCACAAAGAGUGUGGAGUCAAUUGCGGAGUUUGUGCGAAACAACCGGCAGAUGCUUCGCAGCGACACACACAUGCAGUUUCUAGUUGACGAAGCGAGAAGAGAGCGGAUAUACAGCAAGAUCUUCCCUGUUUUGGUUGAGAUGUGGGAGAGCGAGCCAAGCGAAGAGUACGCAAGCGUGUUCUACAAAGCUCUUCUGUCCGCCUAUAUGCACAAAAGAGACGAGCAAGCGCUGAAGGGGCUGCUCAACAGCCUUUCCGAGAAAAGAACCGAAAUGGCGCUGUUCAUCGCGUUUCUGCUGCACGACCAGUCGCCCGCGCUGUCGCAGGCUAUUUCUGAGGAUGUCAAGCACCCGGCUGUAAACUCUCUUCUUGUGGGCAGGUUCCAGUCUAAGAUAUACCAGAAGUUCCUCUCGGAAAAAAACCAGUCAAACUUCGCGCUGCUUGCCGAGCUGUCUAAGUCGCAGAGCUCAAAGCUGUCCAUGAACCACAUGUCUCUGAGCUUUUGCAACGGUGUGAUGAACUGCAAAACAGCCAACGACACCUAUCUUCGAAAAAACCUUGAGUGGAUGCGCCAGGCAAAGAAUUGGUCUAAGUUUGUUGUUGCGUCGUCGUUUGGAAUGAUACACACGGAUAGCGAGGACCCGUUUGAGAUGCUUCGCCACUAUCUUCCCAUGGUGCCGGUCCGCGAGUUUGAGAAAGACGACCCAGAAAGCGGGGGCGCGCUGCUUGCGCUGGGAAUUAUUUCGGUCAACUCCCCUGCGCUUGCGGGCAGCUUCCUUAGCACGUUCCUUGACGCAGAAAUGGAAAGCAGGCGAAACCACAUUCUGCAUGGAGUCUGUCUGGGGCUUGGCCUUGCCAGGCUGGGGACCUGCGACGAAGAGUCUAUAAACAGGUUCAAGACUGUCCUGUACUCCGACGCAGUGACUGCCUCAGAGGCGGCUGCCUAUGCAAUCGGCCUGGUUUGCGCAGGAAAGUUCAGCAUGCCUCUGGCAAGCGAGCUGAUCACAUACGCUAGAGACACAGAGCACGAAAAGAUAUCGCGCGCCGUGGGCGUUGGGAUAUCAUUGCAGCUUGUUGGGAUGGUUUCCUCGGCAGAAGAGUUCGACGAGACGUUGCAGUUCAUAGACGAUCUUAUAGACGACUCGAACUACAUAUUCCGAUACGCAGGAGCCCUUGCGCUGGGGUCUGCAUACGUGGCAACCGGCGACCUCUCUGUGGUUGGGCGGCUUCUGUCCAUCAUCAGCACAGACUCCUCGGAGGACGUCAAAAAGGUCUGUGUGUUUAGCAUAGGGCUUAUACUGACAACCUGCCCCGAGACGGCAAAGGACAGUCGGGUCGAAGACGAGCCCGUGCUUUUCAAGGUGCUUGAGCCGCUGGCGCAGAGCCACUCUUCGUACGUGAGGUCUGGCGUGGCCCUUGCGCUGGGCAUGUUCCUGGCUGGCUCUGGGAACAGAAAGGCGCUUGAAGCGAUCGAGGUCCUUAUGUACGACAGCACGCCAUAUGUCCGACAGAUGGCCAGCAUCGGCGCCGGGAUGAUCUUAAUGCAGAAUAACGCAUGCGACGACCCGUUCUACAAGCGCAUAGUGGAGCACAUGCACAGCAUGACGAAAAGAAAGAGCGAAAGCGGCGCAGCGCGGUUUGGAGCUCUUCUUGGCCGGUCGCUGCUUGACACAUGCGGAAGAAACGGGCACAUGAGCAUCUUUGGCAUGUCCGGAGACUUGUCUGUCAAAAGCGUGUGCGGAGCCAUCAUGUUUUCAGAGUUUUGGUACUGGUAUCCUUUGGUGCCCUUUAUCACGCUGUGCAUGCGCCCCACGCUGCUGCUUGCUGUGGACACCGACCUAAACGUGGUCAGUGAGUACUCUGUGGAGGUGGACGGCCCAGAAAAGCCAUACCGAAUCACCACAGUGCCCACGUCGGACGGAAAGAAGCACCAUAAGAAGUUCAAGAUCUUGCCGCUCUCUGGAGACAUAGAGAAGAAGGUGGAAAAGGCAGAAGAGGAUGAGCAAAAGGCAGAAGAGAGCGUGGAAAAAUCGCAUACUGUAAAGAACUUCGAACGGUUCACUCCUGCCCAGCAGAGAAGAUCUUGCUUGGCUGGGUCACCUUCUGUUAUUUUCUUGCCCAAGGCAGAGAAGGAGUCCCACGCGCCUGUGCAGGACCCGCACACGGUGGAAGGGGAUGCAAGAAUGGCGGAAAAAUAA